AUGGUUCUUACUCGUUUUAGUCACUAUUUCGUAAUUUACAUUGAAAAAAGACAUGUUAGAGCAUAUAAGCAUUAUUAUUUUUAUUUCAUUGCAGGAAAGUAUUAUAUUAAACUGGGUCUAAGAGAUGCCACAAGUUCUGAAUCAAUUAAAACCCCAGUUGAUGUGACAAAAUGGUUUAAAGAGGGCAAUAAAGUUACGGCUAAGCAUGUGACUAAUUUUACGAAAUCAUUGUUCGACGGUGUUGAUUUUAAAUCCUGGCAAACUGACAGCUGUGUUAUAACAGAAACGCCCACUACACAUCCUUAUAUAGACAUGAUUCAUGAUCAGUUGGGCGUGGCUAUUGGUGGGAAUGGUUUUGCAGCGAAAUCGAGCGACGAGAUUGGUCGAUUGGGCGUCAGCAUGAUGACAAGCCAAUGGGAUUCAACAAUACCAAGACACGUAUUUAAAGUGAAACUCUUACCGACAUACUCGAGCGAACAUAUGGUCCCAACUCUAAAAGGAAAGCUCUAACUGCAAGCAAAAACAGAUGAAAAAGAUCCGCAAAUGACAAGAGCAUGAUAAAAAAGGGCACGUGCAUGUGACUUCAUCUGUGCAUCUGUGUGGUGAAUGUUUUGUACAAAAGUGUUUGUUUUACAAACGAAGGAAAUAUACAAAUUAUCAAGAGAACGUGUAUUGGUGCAUUCUACAUAUUAGAGGAUAAUAAAUGGUUUUAAAGCUGGUAAUUACAAUAUCAGU